AUGUAUUUAUUACUUAUAUUUGAAAUCCUGAUAGUAACUGGCUUAAUUGGCUAUUUGAUUCAAAGUUAUUGUAGCAAGGAUGUGAAUAUAUAUGUAAAAGGGAUGGCACUGGUUUCAUGGUUAAUUAAUUUUUUGCUGCUACUAUUUUUACCCUUUGACAUAUACAUUACAUAUAGAGAUUAAGGCGUUGGAAAUAUUUCGAAUGAUUACCUGAAUUUGGCUGAAACUUAUCAAAUUCUCUAUUGGACGAAUUUCAUAUUGUGUUGGACUGUCAUUCCCAUAAUGCAGGAAUACGAGGAAUCAGUUGAGUUAGAUAAGAAAGAUAAAAUCAAGAAGGCUCUGAAAAACAACAUGAGAUUCUAUAUAGUAAUUUCUGUAGUGGGUUUGGUUUUUGUUCUAGCAAUUUUCUAUACUGGAUAGGCCCAACAGUGUGGUUUGGGUUCAUUUUUGAAGAGCAUGGCAAAUUCAUUUGGAGUGGCUCUGAUCAUAGUAUUGUUGGGUUACGGAUUGGUUAUAAUCCCAAAGGCGUAAAUGAGGACAUCUCAAUUGGAUGUACAGCUGAAAUAUCUUUAUUUCAGGACUGCAAGCAUAAAUGGGGAGAAGGAUGAUGCUCAUCAUAAGUUGUUGGAAACAUCGAUGAAAGUGUUUCAAAUAAAGGAUCAACGAUUCGAGAACGAUGAUAUGAUGUAUUACCUCAACAAAUGCUUAAAUAAGAUCCCAAGGAACAUGCACAAGAUCUUAAAGAAGGAGGAGGAGAAGAGAAAGUCUCAACUCCUCAUAACCAUAACUGGGGCUUUCUUUAAAAAUAAGGGACCUGAAUCUGUGGAGGAGAUGAUGAAUCUCUAUUAGGAGAUAAGAAAGAACUCGUUGGAAUACAAGAGAAUCAAAGCGCAAUGGAAGGAGAACUGCAAAUCUGCUUAUGAAAUGGAGGAUAUCAUAAAGGCUAUGAAUAGUUAGGAUAAGAAAGUUCAUUUUUCUUUUAAGAAGCCAAGAGAAGGUUCUUUGGCUUAGCAAUUGGAUUUGCUGGAAUGGCAAUGGCUUUGUGUUAUCAAACCGCAGUUUAAGAUAAUUAUAUCUUUGAUCUUUGGGAUCUUGUCCAUUUUGGUGUUGAUAUCUGAAGUGACCAUCUUUAUGGGUACAUAAUUUACGAUAUUCGGUUUGCCUCUCAGAUACGUCGAUGGAUUAUUGAGCAUUUCCUUUUAUUCUUUUAUUCCUCUGUUGUACAUAGCAUUCUGUGUUUAUUAUGGUCUAUUCAAAAUAAGAAUCCAGGGAUUUUAUGGACUCUACGGGGAUCAUUAGACAGAUGCUCCGAGUCUCAUGUUUGCCACCAUCAACUUUAGUAGAGUGGGAGCACCGUUAUGCUAGAACUUCUUGAAUAUGAUUAAGUUGAAGUAGGAGACUGCCUUUAGAUAUGCGAUGGGGAAUAUUGAGUUGUUGCCAAUAUUCGGGAUAAGCAUCACAGCUUUGAUGCCUUGUCUAUUGAUUGUGUUGUGUUUGAUUAAUUACUUUGAUUUGUUCGACAAGACUCUCUAGUUGAUUGGGAUGAAGCAGUUCAUUUUCAACAAUACAUUUUCGGACAGACUGAUCUUUGAGGGGAGAGAUGCACUCAAGAAAAACAGAUAAUAUUUUGAAAGAAAAAUGAAGCCAGAAGGAUGGUCAGACUCAUCUGAACCUUACGAUAUUGAAUUGCAGCAAAAACUAAUGUGA